GCCAACCAAGGCAAGAGUGCUUGUGUUUGUGCAAAUAAACACAGGGAAAAAGUUACCACUCCUUUUAGAAAAAAAAAGUAACUUCUUCCUUUUUUUUAAGAAACUUUUUUCUGUGUUUAUUUGCUCAAAUAUAAGAGGUUAAAAUGGCUUUGUUGAAACUAUCAAUCAUGUUAUGUGCAAUUUUAUUUGGCCCUUCCAUAUCAGGGGCGGUUUCUCCAAAGAACAUAUUCAUUCUUGUCGGUCAGAGCAAUAUGGCUGGUCGAGGUGGAGUUGGAAAAAAUCAAACAGGAAACCUCGUGUGGGAUGGAUUGAUCCCAUCAGAUUGUCAAUCCACCCCAUCCAUUCUACGACUCAACGCUGCAUGUCAGUGGGAGGAAGCACGAGAGCCUCUCCAUUGGGAUAUUGACAUCAACAAGACAAAUGGAAUUGGUCCAGGAAUGGGAUUUGCUCACCAACUCCUAACAAAGGCAGGGCCAAAUGUAGGCAUUGUGGGUUUAGUUCCUUGUGCUAUAGGUGGGUCUAUGAUCAAACAAUGGAUGAAAAACCCUAGCAAUCCUAAUGCAACAUAUUACCAAAAUUUAAUUAAACGGAUUGAAGCAUCAGAUAAAGAAGGUGGAGUUGUGCGUGGUCUUUUAUGGUUCCAAGGGGAAAGCGAUGCAGCUAUGAACGACACUGCUAUGAGUUACAAAGACAACCUAAAGACUUUCAUUACUGACCUUCGCAAUGACAUAAAACCUAGAUUUUUACCCGUCUUUAUUGUUAAAAUAGCCCUCUAUGACUUUUUUAUGAAGCAUGAUACUCAUAAUUUGUCGGCUGUUAGGGCAGCACAAGAUGCAAUUAGCCAAGAGGUGCCAGAUGUAUUUGCCAUUGAUUCUUGGAAAUUGCCGAUAAACUUCACAACAUAUGAAGGCUUUAACUUGGACCAUGGCCAUUUUAACACCACGGUUGAGAUUAUUCUAGGUAAAUGGUUGGCAGAUACCUACCUCUCCCACUAUAGCCAAUUGCUCUGA